AUGGCGGACGCAGCAAAAUCGCGGAGGGCGAUGGAGCAGAAUAUGCUCGACAUGAAGUUGGAGGAGAGUGGUGAGCGAGAGCAGCUCAAGCAGUACAUCAUCAACCACCUGAACGAGUGUGGAUGGCGAGAGGACCUCAAGAAGCAGUGCGUGGAGUGCAUCCAAAACCGAGGCGUUGAGAAAGUUACCCUCGAGGACAUGAUCAACGACAUCGCUCCAAAGGGGAGAGCGUCGCUCCCUGAGAAGCUGAAGGUCGAGGUCUUCAACCGCCUGAGGACCUUUGCCGAGAAACAGGGCAUGGAGCACUGA